AGUUGGAAUUCUAAAUAAAGGACCACGGUAGACUCGGCAAGAUGUCUGACGUACCAUCGGACAGUGAGGAUCAGUCUGAAGAGCUGACCGAAGAGCUGACCAACUGGCAAGCCAAAGAGCGGUUUGUGAAGGAGAAAGUCACCAACAUGCACCGCUUUACAAACGAUGUAGACAUUCGCAGGAUGCCAAAAGAGACGUUUGUUACAGCAAUGGCCGACCGCGCCACUCUGGCCCUCUAUGCCGACCAGAUAAAGAGCACAAACAGGGUGAAGCGAAUGUUUGGGGAGACCUCGGUCGUUUCAAUCCACAGUGGAGAUAAAUUUGUGCGGGUGGUACUAACAGAGAAUCUUCCCUUCUUGUGCACUAUGUGUGGAGAAACCUUUGUACACACUCAACCACUGCAAGAUCACGUUGAAGAGAAACAUGGCUACUUCCAGAAUAACAUAGAUCAGCGGGCACAAAGGAAAAAGCCAAUCAUCAUCGCGAAAAACUUUGGACGGAAAGAGAAGAGUGUCAUACAAGAACAAGACGCUGCAGUGGAUCAAGAUGAUGAAUCUGACAAUGAAACCAUGGAUAACGGUGCGCCAGAAGUACCUUCAGAUGCAGCACUGGAUGGAGAUGGUGCACAGAAGGAAUUUCUGAGACCCGUGACAUCCAGUGGGAUUACUAACACUUCUGACCCAGAGGACCGCGUUGAACUCAUCCUCUCGCAAAUGUCAAGUCAAGAAGAGACGCUGGUGCAGGACACGGCGAGAGAAGAGGAUUUGGACCAAUCCAACACCAAAGAGGCUACAGUUUCCACAAAGACCACUACCCGCAAUGUCCAGGUGGUCGGUAAGAAGCAGAAGAAGAAGAAAAAGAAAAAGCGGAAAGAGAAGUACACUUUGCACAAUGCAGAGCAUAUUAUCAAGGAGAACGAAGAGCGCGAGCGCAAGAAACAGAAGUUGGAUGAGAAUGGUGAACCACGGGAAGUGAAGAAACUGCGGCCGUUUUGUGUUGUUUGCCAUCUGCACUGCAUUAACAGAGUCACCUGUCGGGAGCAUCUUGCUGAAGCACACAAUAUCUUUCCCAGCAGGGAGGCCGCAGAGAAAGCCAGGGAGCUGAUGAAAGAACAAGAGAAGGAUGCUGUGGUGAAUGGUGAAGUUCCCAAUGAACAGGGAAGCCAGGGUUCGGAUGAGCAGCAAGAUCAGUCGGAGCGUUCCCUCGAGAAUGCAGAGAGUGAUAUUAUCAAAUGCGAAUUCUGCGAGUCGUAUGUCUUCGAUGAAAUCACCCUUGAAAUGCACAUGCGAGCUCACUGUGGUAACCCAGGAAUCAAAUGUGAUAUAUGCCGGGAGGGGAUUCUGCUGUGGGAAAAUAUGAGGAUGGAGGAAUUGAAAGAUCUUGGUGAGCGAAUCCUUUCAAGGAACAGAAGACCUCAGGAUGUGGACUGUGAUCCCGGCAAGUCCACCCCUAGAAAAUACCCCAAUUCCAGAGUCGUCUCGACGUGCUACGAAUGCAACGAGCAGUUCUACCACAGUAGCCACAUGGGGAAUCACUAUGCCAAAGCACAUGCGAGCAUCACAUGCAAAGAAUGCGGGACCACCCUGCCAAACAUGCAGGCCCUGGCGACGCACAGUCUGGAGAAACACAGACCGGGCGUCUUCCGUUGUCCGUGGUGCCCGAGGCGGUUCCACGACCGGGGGAAGUACAACUACCACCUUGCAGGUCACAUGGGGCAGUACAGGUGCCCCGGGUGUGGGAGAAACUUUGUGGAGAAGCCAUCCUUGAAUUAUCACAUGAAGAAAUACGCAAAAUUUCCAUUGCACUUUCAGGGGUGCCAAACGACUGUACAAGAGAUUUCAUUUGAAAAGCCAUUUUUAUCCAGUGGCGCCACGGACCAUCAGAAUAGGGCUCUCACGGUUAUGGUGUGCGACCUCUGCAAUGCCACAUUCAUCAAUAAAGGCACUUACACGAGGCAUAUGAACAAAGUCCAUCCAGGCCAUCAAGGACGAUCAAUGGACAACUCCUUUGUCUGUGAUAUCUGUGGCAAUGUAUUUUGGUCCAGGAUGAACUUGACUAUGCACAAGAAAAUCCACGACAAGAAAUUCCCUUGCACGUAUCCAGGUUGCACCAAGAGGUUCUGGGCUCGGAGUAUGAUGAGAAAGCAUGUGGAGACACACGAGGGUGCCCCGACGUAUUUCUGCGAGGAUUGCGGAAAGACCUACAAACAUUCUGGGUCGCUCCGGCUCCACAAGAGAACGCACACAAACAAGAGGAGCAAAUGCGACAUCUGCUUCAUAGAGUUUAAGGGUCGCUCCAACCUGGCAGUCCACAUGCAGGAGGCUCACGACCAGGAACUCCAUUUCACGUGCGGUGUUUGCGAGAAGCAGUUCAAUUCGCGGCGACGCCUACUGGCCCACGCCAAGGUCCACAGUGAGCACCUCAAGGACUUCGUCUGCGAGAAGUGCACGUGUUCGUUCCCUGAAGAGCGGCUCUUGCUGCAGCACAUGCGCGUCCACAACAAGACCUACAAGUGCAACUAUUGCCACGAGGUCUUGGGCACUACCGACGCCUUGAAAAGCCACCACCUCAAAGAGCAUGCAUUGCCUGUACAAACGGUUCCAGCCACUGUCCAGGAUUUCAUUCCUGAAAGUAUUCAGAUCGAGGUUAUGGAUUCCGAAGGCGUUGUCAUUGUGGAAUAUCCGGGUGCCGAUCAAGAAGCAACAGAUAGAGCGAUUGCAGCCAUUGUGUCCGAGUUACAAGGCUAGCAAGGACCCAGAUUUAUUAAAGUUUACCCUUUAAAGCCACACUGUCCUACUUGUAGCUACUUGCUCCCUCUAUAUAAAAGCAAUGCCUAAUCAGUGACCAUUGGUCCCCCAUGAUCCUCUUUUUCUUAUGUUAAUUGAGAGCUGAGUUGAUGAGAUAACCACCUGUCCAGUGACCUAGUUGCAGGGCUGUCUAAUCCCUCCCAUAAACUAGUACAGAUAAGCUUUAAGUCCACAUGAUGACAUCUACCACAAGCAUAUUGUCUGCUGGUGGUUCAUUUCAUUCAACCAAAAUCCUGAGGUGCACUUUACAUCAUUAUAAAAAAGCCACAUUUUUGCUGCAUCAUAUUUGAACGAGCCUUUACUGGACUGCUGGAGGAGGGUCUCUCAACAUUCAUGGCAAUCAGUGGCUUGUUAAAUGUCGGAUAGGUAAAAGGUGAAUGCUUUUUGGCUAGUUAGUUCCUAAUAAUGUAAAAAAGCCACCAGGAAAAGACAUGUCAGACAUUUCACUUGGGCGCUUUCAAACGAGAUGCAUUGUUAACUAAAACAAGUCGGUAGUGUUCAUUGUACUUUAUCUAAAAUCACUAUUAUUGUUUUUCCUUAGUUCCCAUUUUCAAUGAACAUUCCAAAUGCAGAUGACGAGCUAUUUU